ACUGCGGGACCCAUAGCGAGCAGCAGCGAAAGCAGCGACGAUGGCUAAAAGUGAUGGAAGCGACUUUUUCAGAAGAACCAGCCUCUUCUGGAUCGUGUCGGUGACUUUCGGGAUGGGAUAUUUUACCUUGAUCGUGUUCGCACCAGAGAAUAUCCCGUUCCAGUACCUGGGUCUGUUCGGCACCUUCUGCAGUUACCUCGUGGAGAACUAUGCUGACGUCAUGUACAAAGGGUGGUGGGCUGCCUGGGCCAUCCACGUCUUUGAGGCCUGCGUUUCUCUGAAGGUGUGCAGCGAUAAAGGCAUCACCAGCGCCGCCUCUCGCUUCCUGUGGUUCUUCCAGACCUUCCUGUUCGGCUUCGCCUCCCUCGGCCUGCUCCUCAAAUACGACCCCAAGCGGCCCAAACAGCACUGACCCCCGAUUCAGACACAGAUUCACUUUUUUUUUCUUUUUUUUUUUAAACAAGCUGAAAAUCACAAUCACUCUCUGAGUUUUGCACACUUUGUGGGUUUUCAUGCAGAUCGUAACAACGCUGGCUUUAUUCAGCAGUCAGGUCACCACGCCGCUGAGGACACCGUUUCUCGUCGUGUGAAACUGAUGUGAUUAACCGUACAAAAUUCAAAAAAUGAGCCGCGUUAGUGCAGCAUUUUAACUACACGGGCCGGAAAGUUUAGACCGAGGUCCGAUCAAUCAGUGGCAACACGCGAGAUCAGCUAAAUGUGUACGAACACAGCCGGGAGCCGAGGUGGAGACAUUUACAGCCGCAAAACUCAAUCACACACACAUCGAGGAGCAUCUGAACACAGGAGUCAUUCUGCUGGUGUUUCCUCUUUACCUCCUCACUGCUCCUCUGGAGUGGAGAAGAACAUUCAGGCCUCGUUUCUCAUCAUGUUACUGUGAAAUUAAACCUCUCAAACAGACACUACAGUUUUCAUUCCGCUAAUUCUUUCAUUCCGUGUUUAUUCUGUACUUACAGUUGAAGUGAAAUUGUACAGUUUUUGAAACGGUUAUUAAUGAUAAGACUCACUGAAGACUUUAUAGGAUCUUUGUUUUUUUUUGAUGAAUUGAAUUCUGAAGCUGGAUUUGUUGAAAGUUUUCAUACAUUCUUUCUGUAGUGUGUUUUUUUUCUCACACUGAAAAAUUUUGAAAAAUGCUGAAAGUCUUAAUAUCAAAUGAAAUUUAAUAAAGAGUGCCUUAUGAACUACA